AUGGCUACUACCACAGCCCCGCAUUUUCAGCGAAAACGCCGACGCCCAGCACUUGCCUGUGAGCAAUGUCGUCGUCGGAAAAUCCGAUGCGAUAGAAACCACCCGUGUGCUAGCUGCAGACGAUCCGACCCUCGAUCCUGCCAUUAUGUUGACCCUGAUCGGAAAACUAAUGUGGCACACGAUCAGGUCAUCGAUUUGGCCCCCACGUCAUUUUCGAGUGGCAAUCCACCAUUGGACUUACCCAACUGCCCUGAAGAUGUACAGUUCUCCGGGCUUCUCAAUGUAGAUGCCCUCCAAUCCACUAGUUCCUCGUUGGCGAACCCGACAGCUGUUCAACGUUCUAAGGUUUCCCACGUGCCUGAAGAUUUGCAGGAAGGGUCGCUUGUUCAAUCAUUGACAGAUCGAGUACGCCAGCUAGAAAAGAAGCUUGAAGAAGCCCUUGAUUUACAACCACCGGAUAGCUAUCCAAAUCAAUCACCCAUAAGAGCUUCUGAGACCCCCGAGAUACAAACUCUCUACGAGAGAUGCAAGCAGCUCGCAAGAAUGGCCAAAUCACAGGAGAUAAUUCACCAGAAAAUCUGCCCUGACCUGAGGGAUUACAUGCCAUCGAAAGAGACAUCUGACAGGCUUAUCCAAGCAUACCUCCGUACUUUCGAAUCUGUCUACCGCAUCGUACAUGUGCCAUCAUUCAUACGUGAAUAUGAUCAGUACUGGAGAAGUCCUCAGGCAGCCAGCCCGGCGUUCAUUAUCAUGACUUUACUAAUGCUAGCGAUUGGGAACUCGUUUUGCCAGUCGGGGGACCCAGAUAAAGACCAUGUUCCGCGCUCUACAUCAUCACAGUGGAUAUAUACGGCACAAACGUGGCUCAGCUCCCCGUUCGAGAAAUCGCGUCUUAAUAUCACUAGCCUUCAAACACACUGCCUCCUACUUUUGGCCCGCCAGACAAGUGACAUCAGCAGUGACCUUGUCUGGAUUUCAGCUGGUACUCUACUUCGAACAGCUAUGCAUAUGGGCUUCCAUAUUGAUCCGCGUCAUAUUAAGGGGAUUUCUUUCUUCGAUGCACAGCUCAGACGAAGGAUAUGGAAUACAAUUCUUGAGAUUGUUGUCCAGUCUAGUAUGGAUGCCGGAGGCAUACCUUUAAUUCACUGUGAUGACUAUGACUGUGAGCCUCCGCUUAACCUUGACGAUGCCCAGAUGGGAGAUCCUAUUCCUAAGGCAAAGCCUUUCAAAGACUUUACGGAUACAUCUCUGCAAAUAGCUUUACAACGAUCACUGCCUAUUCGACUACAGAUUGCACAGUUUUUGAACGACUUCCGCCGAGGCGCCUCGUAUGACGAAGCUUUGCAGCUUAGCAAAGGCCUUACCAAUAUAUACCGCGAAAACUCAGCCCUAUUUGAUGCUUUUAAAAAUAGUGGAAAAUCUCCUACUCUGUUCCAGUCAAACCUCUACGACUUGAUGACGCAGCGCUUCCUGCUUGCUCUUCAUGACCCCUUUGCUAUAAAGGCAAAAGCUGACCCGACGUUGUAUUACUCACAUAAAGUAGCCCUUGAAAUAUCCAUGCGUAUUUUAGCACCAUUUAGCAAGUCCGUACCGGAAGACCUUGACUAUACCGCAUUGCUGCUCACCGGCUCGCCAUCCUUUCGGGACGUUCCUACCCAAGCAGCUGCUGUGGUUGCAGAUGACAUGAUUGUCCGAAUUAAGGAGAAGCCGAUUACUACUUCAGUGUCAGCUCUCUAUACGUCAUAUCCUUUAUCACACGGAGAAUCCAAGCGUAUUAUCGAAGAGUUUACCUCCUGUAUGUUGGCACGAGUCGAAUCUGGUGAAACGAACAUCAAAGGUUACCUGGUGUCUGCAUGCUUUCUGGCCCAGAUUGAGGCUAUGGAGCAUAGCCGACCAAUCGACGAAGCGUUGAGUAGAACUAUGUUGUCGGUUCUUGAAACGUGCUCGACGAUACUGGAAGACAGGGUUGAGAAAUCGAGACUUCCACAGCCAGGAAUAGGGUUGAACACACCCACUAAUGAAGAAUCAACACUGGCUGUAUUUGAUAACCAGUUAAACUGGUCUCUCGGUGAUGAUUUUGAUAUGGAAAUGGAUAUAGGCUCGUGGUUUCCUUCCCCUGUAUUCAGCUGA